AUGUGUUCGAAAUGUGCCUCAUUAGCCAAGCAGUCACUGGUUCAUAGUUACCACAGAAGUUUUAAUGGAUUUGCUGCAAAGUUAACCCCAGAAGAAGCUGCGAGAGUUUCGAAAAUGGAUGGAGUGGCAUCGGUCUUUCCAAACCGAAUUUUCAACCUUCAAACAACGAGGUCCUGGAAUUUCAUGGAUUUCGGCACUGACAAAUUUGGACCUGCACAAGAAGAAGACGUGAUUGUUGCACUUCUGGACACUGGCAUCUGGCCAGAGCAUGAAAGCUUCAGUGACGCAAACUUUGGCCCUCCACCAGCUAAAUGGAAGGGAACAUGCAAAGCUACUAAUUUCACUUGCAACAAGAAACUGAUUGGAGCUCGUUAUUAUAAUAGCGAGAACAUCUAUGAUAAAUCCGACAUCAAAUCACCAAGAGACACGAUUGGACAUGGUACCCACACUUCCUCGACUGCUGCAGGCCGAAAGAUUGAGGGAGCAAGCUAUUUAGGCCUUGCAGAGGGUGUUGCAAGAGGUGGAGUUCCCAAUGCCAGGAUUGCAAUGUACAAAGUCUGCUGGUCCUAUGGAUGUUUUGCUGCAGAUAUCCUCAAAGCUUUUGAUGACGCAAUUGCAGAUGGUGUUGAUAUCAUAUCUGUUUCCUUGGGAGCUACUGGUGUGCAAGACUAUUUUCAAGAUCCCAUUGCAAUUGGAUCCUUUCAUGCUAUGAAACAUGGCAUUCUGACCUCAAAUGCAGCAGGAAAUUCUGGUCCAAAUCCUGUAUCCGUCUCCAACUACUCACCAUGGUCGCUAACGGUUGCUGCUAGCACUAUUGACCGUAAAUUCAUAACUCAAGUAGUCCUGGGUAAUGGACAAGUUUUCAAUGGAAUUGCCAUUAAUAACUUCAACAUCACGGGUAAUGGGACGUAUACAUAUCCUUUAAUCUGGGGAGGAGAUGUAGCCAACUACACUGGUGGUUAUGGUCCAUUGUAUGGAAGCUAUUGCUUACCUGGUGCCGUGAAUUCUGAGAAGGUGAAAGGAAAGAUCGUCUUCUGCAGUGCCUUAGUUGAUGGUUUUGGCAUUCUGCUUGCUGAUGGUGUGGGUGCCAUAUUGACGGAUUAUGCAUCAUCCGAUGUUGCCUUCAAUUUCCCACUACCAACAUCAGCAAUCAGUCCAGAAGAUGGUGUAAAAGUUUUGGAUUAUAUAAAAAAUACAGUAAAUCCACUUGCAACUAUCUUGGUUGCUGAUACAUUUAAGGACGUCUCGGCUCCACUCGUGGCGUCGUUCUCUUCAAGAGGACCAAAUCCCAUCUCUCCAGACAUUCUUAAGCCUACAAUCACUGCCCCUGGAGUGGACAUCCUUGCUGCUUGGUCUCCAAUUGCUCCACCUUCGGUCUAUACCGGCGAUAAGAGAAGUCUUUACUACAAUGUGAUCUCCGGGACAUCCAUGGCAACCCCUCAUGCUAGCGGUGCAGCUGCCUAUGUCAAGGCUGCUCACCCGGAUUGGUCCCCUGCUGCCAUCAAAUCCGCCCUCAUGACCACAUCUUUUUCUAUGGAUCCAAGGCAGCAAGCUGAUCUUGAAUUUGCAUAUGGUGCUGGUCACAUCAACCCUGCAGGUGCAAUCAACCCUGGACUAAUCUUUGAGGCUGACGAGGAAGAUUAUGUAAAUUUCCUAUGCAAACAGGGGUACAACAGCACCACUCUGAAACUUGUCACAGGGGAUAAUAAUACUUGUACAGGUAUAGUUCCUGGAAGAGGCUGGGAUCUCAACUAUCCCACCAUGGCAUUGUUCCUGGAAGAUGGUCAGGAAAUCAAUGCAGUUUUCACGAGAACAGUGACUAAUGUUGGCAAACCGUCGACCUACCAUUCCUUCGUGUACUUAUCGCAAUCAACUAUAUUUGAGGUUACACUGGAGCCAUCCACCCUUCUAUUCUCUUCUGCUGGGGAGAAGAAAUCGUUCACCGUUAAAGUAACUGGACCGAAGAUUACACAGCAGCCAAUCAUGUCAGGUGCUGUGGUUUGGGAAGAUGGUGUUCAUGAGGUGAAGAUGCCUCUGGUGGUCUACAACUAUAUUCCCCGAGCACCUUAUGGUCUUGGUGAUCAUCAGUCUACUGACUCCAGUGCAAAACUCAGUGGGGGAAAACCCAAUUUCCCAAUUUCUUCUAAGUUGCAGAAAAGUAGGAUUAAUGCACUCCGCGGCUGA